GAAUCCCACAUAUAUAAUAAAUUUUGUUUUUAAGGACGAUAAAGUGUAGUAAAUUAUGCAGUUGCCCUUUCAUAAAGGGGUUUAAAGGAAUGAAUGAGAAUUACAGCAAAGAUUGUUUGGGGCUUUGUUUAAGGAUAUCCGCACUUCACCAAACGUGGAAGUGGUUGCAUCAAACAAUCGCGUUACAUGAAUAUUUAAUAUCUGUAACUGCAGCAAGCUCGGCAGGAAAUCACUGCGAUAAGAAUUUGAUGUAUUUCAAGGUCGCCAAAGAACAUAAGAAAAAUUAAAAUAAACAUAUUCAACAUACUCUUAAUAAUUAAAAGGACCAUUUUUAAGUGUAAAUAAUGUUGACUUAAGGAAUGUGUCGCGAGCAACGUUAACAAAUUGAAAGAAAUAUAAUUGUUAAGUAAUAGUCGAUCAAAAUAUAGUAAUCUCUGUAUUUAAAAAAUUGUGCUGUAACGAUGAAUACCAUAAUAACCAAAGGUUACAAAAGAGGCAUUCAUAAAUGUCUAUAUUCUGUUUUUGAAGAAGCUCAUAUUAAUUUACCGCAAAAAUUUUUUCAUUCGAAUUACAAAAAUCAAAAUAAUAGGACAACAAAUAAUUAUGGAUUACCCCCGUCUUCAUUUGUUACUAAUUCAACUAAUAAUAAUUUAAAAAGUUCAAAUGUUACGAAAAUAUCUGAUGGAAAUAUUAGAAAAUCAGUGUUCAUUUCACAGUCAUAUGACGUAUUUACUAACUUAGCUCUUGAGGACUGGUUGUACAGAAAUUUCGAUUUCAGCCAUCAUCACGUAUUAUUAUUAUGGGUAAAUGAUCCAUGUGUUGUGAUAGGUCGUCAUCAGAAUCCCUUUAUGGAAACAAAUGUGUCGAAAUUGAAUUCAAAUGGCGUGACUAUAGCUCGUCGGAACAGUGGUGGUGGGGCCGUAUACCAUGAUCGUGGUAACCUCAAUUGCACAUUUUUUACGCCACGAGAAAGAUAUGACAGGAAAUAUAAUUUGAACAUUUUAACACGAGCACUAUUUCGAGAAUGGGCCAUUAAAUCGGAAAUAAAUAAA